UAGAAGCUGCCGGUCGGGCCCCGCGGAAAUGGGCGAGCAUAAUCUCCUGAAUCCCGGGUUUGUGGGGCCGCUGGUGAACAUCCACACGGGAGACACGUUCUACUUCCCCAACUUCCGCGCGUCCGGGGCGCAGCUGCCGGGGCUGCCUUCGCUGUCCUACCCGCGCCGCGACAACGUGUGCUCGCUGCCCUGGCCGUCGGCGGAGCCCUGCAAUGGCUACCCGCAGCCCUAUCUCGGCAGCCCGGUGUCGCUCAACCCGCCCUUCGGCCGCACGUGCGAGCUGGCGCGAGUGGAGGACAGCAAGGGUUACUACCGCGAGCCGUGCGCCGAGGGCGGCGGGGGCCUGAAGCGUGAGGAGCGCGGGCGCGAGCCGGGCCCGGGAGUCGCGCCGGGGGCAGCGCUGCUGCCGCUGGAGCCGUCGGGGCCGCCCGCGCUCAGUUUCAAGUACGACUACGCGGCAGGCGGCGGCGACGGUGGCGCGGGACCCCCGCACGACCCGCCCUCGUGCCAGUCACUGGAAUCCGACUCCAGUUCGUCCCUGCUCAACGAGGGCAACAAGGGCGCCGGCGCGGGCGACCCGGGCAGCUUGGUGUCGCCUUUAAACCCCGGCGGCGGGCUCUCGGCCAGCGGCGCGCCCUGGUACCCGAUCCACAGCCGCUCCCGGAAGAAGCGCAAGCCCUAUUCGAAGUUGCAGCUGGCGGAGCUGGAGGGGGAGUUUCUGGUGAACGAGUUCAUCACGCGGCAGCGUCGGAGGGAACUCUCAGACCGCUUGAAUCUUAGUGACCAGCAGGUCAAGAUCUGGUUUCAGAACCGGAGAAUGAAAAAGAAAAGACUUCUGUUGAGGGAGCAAGCUCUCUCCUUCUUUUAGGGGGCAAGACACGGGCACCGGCACCGGACUGAGCCUGUCUCUGGCAGAGAGUAAGAGGGGGCGCUGCCUGGGACACAGUCCCCGCUUAGAACGCCAGGCAUCUCUGGCAGGCGCUCCCUGGACAUCCUCUUGUCUGUUUUGUUUGUGGUUUUCUCCCACACACCCCCCCCAACAGGCUCUGCCAGGUCCCAGAGAGAAGGGAAGAACCCAGCCAGGGAGGGAGGUGCUGCAGGCAAGGGAUAGGCACAGGGAAGGCUGAGGUGCUGGGGAGGAGCUGGUUUGCAGUGGGACUGGGGCAUUUGGCCUCAGGCUGAGGAUCUGGAGGAAAGGUAACCCAGGCGUUCCCCCCACCACCACUUUCCUUCCAUGGUCUUAAGUCAGUCAGCCUGCUGUAGGCAAAAGUGGGGACAAUGGAACCAAGGCUCCUCAAACUCCCAGUAGUUGGGAUUAGGAGAGGAGGGAGCAAGAGUGGAGGAUCGGUGGAGAGAUUGGAAAGGGUUAGGGUAGCUCUGGAAGGGCAGGAGGAAGUGUGGGAACCUAAGAGGAAGUGCAGUUUGGGAGACCAGAGUGAUCAGUAAUGCUCAAGUCCACUGGGGUCUGGUCCUCUAGGCCUGGACACCGAGCAGACGGAGGUACAGGCGUUUGGCGGACCUGACUGCGGACAGGGCGAUCAUCAGCCUUAUGUCCCCUCUAGGGCAGCCUGCCCGAAAAGUCUCCUGGUUCCCUUUCCCGAAGGCCCUGUCCGCCCAUUCGCUCACAGGUGUGUUGCCAUCCACUCUUCCCGCCGCCUAGGCGGCUGCGGACCGGAAGCCGCAAGCACGGGACUGCGAGCUGAGCGGAUGCAGCUCAGGUUUAGUAGCCACCCCAGGGACCCCCCACCUGGCCCUCCAGGAAGCCCAAGAGGCUGUGAAAGAGGCUGUGAAGCCCAGUAUUGAUUGACCGGGAGAGUUUCUGGCAGCCGCGGCUACCGCUGCUGAUUCUCCCUACCCCGCUGGCGUUCACGGUCACGGCCGGCCACAGGCUGGACCGGCAUUAUUUACGAGGCAGGAGGAGAAUCUGCCCCUAAAGGGGCUACCGGCCGCGGAGGCCCCUGCUCAGCCCGGGUUUCCCAGGCUGGUGACAAUGAAGGAGGGGGGCGCUGCUGCCCCCCACACAACCCCUUUCUCUCUUUUACCCACCCCACUCCAAACGCCCCCCAACGUGGCCCUUUGUCUCAGGAUCUGCUGCCUCCGCCUCCCCCUGGCCGGCGAGCCGCCGAGUACAAGGACCAGAGCAGAAGGAGGGGCACAUCCCCAGAACCGCUUGGAAGCCAGAGUGGCUUCUUCAGCCCAGGGCCUUUCAUUCAUAGCCCCCUUCAGGCCCCAGCCCCAGCCCAAUAGAUCUAGGCUGGCUUAGGAGAGAGGCAGUGAAGAAGCCCCACCACACUUUCCUGCACUCCGUUUUUAUCCCUCUUGGUGAGAGUCCCUCGACCUCCCCAUCUGCUGACCCACCCUUGCCAGGAGUAAGAAGGUGAGAAGAGGGGCCUGAUGGGAGUUAAGCCCAGCACGCACAGUGUGAACUGGUCUGCUAGCUUGGUGUUCUUCCUGCCUGGGAAGAGUCUCCCCUAACCCACCCUCGAAUGGCAAUCCACAGAGCCUCCCACUCUCCCACCAGCACACAGCUUCAAGUCCCU